CUAGGCAACGCGCAUAAACAAGAUGGCGGACCGCGAGAACGCUCCCUCGAGAUGGACCAUGGGCUCUUUCCGUCGGGGCUUGGGCGCCUCUCGCAUUGUAGCCCACGCGAUACUGUCGCUCACAGAAAAAGAGCGUCAGACGCGAUGGCCUACUUUUCCCGAGGGAACGGCAAAGAAAGGCAGUUUCAAAAGCGUCUCCUCCUACAUCCUCCACCAGCUCAUCCACCACUCUCAGGAAGCAGAAAUGGACGGGGAUGUAGAAGAACAGCGCGAAGAGGGAUCCGAAGAGUCUGAGGAGUCCGAAAUGCAGAAUUUGGAGGAGGAAUUUGAUGGGGUCCUCAAAGAGGAGAUGGUGACAGAUGCACUCAGUGAGUUGGGGCGCUCAGGCCCUGGAACGGAGCAGGUGUACCUCAGCCUAAACUUAAAAUGCAAUGAUUUAGUCAAUGUCAACAUUCUGCAUAACUAUAUUCAUCUACAGAAGUUGGAUCUUUCAGGAAACAAAAUCGAAGAUUUGUCUUGUGUGAGCUUCAUGCCAUAUCUUCUAGAACUAAAUGCUUCUCAGAACAAGCUAACUACCUUCUUCCAUUUCAAACCACCCAAAAACCUCAAGAAGGUGGAUUUUUCCUCCAACAAGAUUUUUGAAAUGGAUGACCUUUCAGCUUACCGAACUCUCACUCAACUAAUUUUGGACAACAACAUGAUAGAAGAAAUCCGUGGGCUGGAGAGUUGCAUCAGCCUGACCCACCUUAGUCUGGCUGGCAACAGGAUCAAAACAAUUAAUGGCCUAGGCACGCUAUCCAUCAGAGUGCUUUCCUUGAGCAAUAACCGGAUUACGACUAUCACAGGUCUGGAGGGGCUGAAAACCUUGCAGAACCUGGAUCUGUCCCACAAUCAGAUCAGUAGCCUCCAGGGCUUGGAGAACCAUGACCUCCUGGAAGUGAUCAACCUAGAGGAUAACAAGAUUAAGGAGCUGACUGAAAUAGAAUACAUUGAAAAUCUUCCUAUCCUUCGAGUUCUCAAUCUACUCAACAAUCCAAUUCGGGACAACUUUGAAUACUGGUUCUUUGUAAUAUUUAUGCUGCUGCAACUGACAGAAUUAGAUCAGCAGAAGAUUAAAGUGGAAGAAAAGGUUUGUGCACUGAAUAAGUAUCAACCUCCUGCUGAAGUGGUGGCCAUCCAGGAUCACUUGACCCAUGUUGUCAACAGCAUGUCACAGCCGCAGAGAAUCUUUGACAGCACUCUGCCAAGUCUGGAUGCCCCUUAUCCUAUGCUGAUACUAACUGGUCCUCAAGCUUGUGGGAAACGAGAACUUGCCCACCGCCUCUGCAGACAGUUUAAUACUUACUUUAGAUAUGGGGCCUGCCACACCACGAGACUGCCUUAUUUUGGUGAAGGCGAUCGAGUUGAUUAUCACUUUAUCUCCCAAGAAGUUUUUGAUGAAAUGCUGAGCAUGGGAAAAUUUAUUUUAACAUUUAAUUAUGGUAAUCACAAUUAUGGAUUAAGUAGGGACACUGUAGAAGGUAUUGCAAGAGACGGAUUAGCAAGCUGCAUUCAUAUGGAAAUAGAAGGUGUAAGAAGUUUGAAAUAUUCCUAUUUUGAGCCUCGAUAUAUCUUGGUGGUACCUAUGGACAAGGAAAGAUAUGAGGGAUACUUGCGGAGAAAGGGAUUGUUUAGUCGUGCAGAGACCGAGUAUGCUGUCUCCCGAGUGGACCUUUAUAUUAAAAUUAAUCGGAAAUUUCCGGGGUAUUUCGAUGCAGUGGUCAAUGCAGAUGACCUGGACAUUGCCUACCAAAAGCUAAGUGAUCUCAUUCGAGAAUACCUGGGAUUGGCUGAGGCAGCUGCAAAGGAUUUGGCUCCAGCAGGAGCUCCCUCUAGCAAGAAGACCAUCUCUGGGGUCCCAGCACACCUGGUCCCCUCCCCUAGGCGCUUGGCAAGACUACAAGCAGAUGGCCAAAAACCAGGGGCUUUCCUGGAAGUGCAGACUGAAGCAAAGGCCCCAGAAAAUCAGAACCCUGCUCCCCCACAGAACCAGGAGUUAACUGAGGAGGGAGAAGUCAAAGAGCCUUCUCCCAGCAUCCACCUGGACUUACCUCAGCAGGUCAGUUCUUCAACACUUGCUAUUCCUCAGCAGGCCCAAGACACAUCACCAAAGGCGGAGGAAGAGGAUGAUCAGCCAGCCAGCCUUCCUCCAAAAAUAACCAUUGAGAUGGGUGGCCCUGAAGAGGAGCCUGGGCCACUUGUGCUAAAAGCAGAACAGUCUACUAUUGCAUCUCAGGAGAUGCCUCAGCAUCCUGAUCCUGUUCCCCCACCAGGCCUUCAGAUAGACCAGGAUAAGGAAUCCGGAGAGACUAAAGUAGCCCCUAGCAACCCACCCUUGACUGAACCUUCACAGGGACCCAACCUGGCUUCCCUCCGUCCUCAGAGAAAGCAGGAUGAGGGAACUGAGUCAGCCAAUGCUACACCCAGUAGUUCCACUCACAGUCUUCCAGAAAAUCCUUCUCAACCCGCGGUAGAAAAGCCUACUGGGGGCUCUCAACCACCUCUGAAGGAGGAAACCCCCAAAGCAGCAGCUGUCCGGGCCAGUACUCCUUACCCAGAAGUAUCCCCUCCCCAAGACUUAUCCAUAAACUCAAAUCAUACCCAGGUCAGGAAACAGCCAGUAGCCUUGCUUCCUAGAAGCCGGCUGGCUCCUACCAGGUUGCCCCAGCCCCAGACCCUGGCUCCUCUCCAGAGCAGGAGACCCACACCCAAGCUUCUCUCUCCUAGCAAGGAAGAGGUUUUGGGGACAAGCUCAGAUAAGACCCCGACCCCAUCUCCUGGGUCUCUCCCAACUCAGGAUGGAGACCCCAGGAAGCUUCCCUCCAUCAGCCCUCCCCAAUCUAAACCGCCCUCAAAUCCAAGCCCCCACACAGCCCAUAGCCCACAGCAAGCCCAGGCUGGGAAAGCCAGUGAGCUGAAGCUCCCACUUAUUAGCCCCCCGAUCCAGGAACAAGUCCUGCAGCAUACCCCCAACCAACCCCAGGAAGAGGAGGCACCCACAGUCCAGCUCCCACAUAUUUCUGCUCGGUCCAAGGAACCUCAGCUUCCCCAGAACACCGGGCCAAGGCCUGCUUCAAAGUCUGCAAAGGAAAGGAAAACUUCCAAAGGAGGCCAUGUCUCCAGUAAGAAGAUUCCAAAUCUGCAGGCCUCAACUCACAGCCAGGAGCCCACUAAGCAGAAGGAAGCUACUGAAAAAAGACUUACGCAAAGAAAGACAGCUAAAGGGUCACCAUACCCGAGAAAGAUACCAAUUGGGAAGUCUCAGACAGCGCAAGGAAAGUCUCAGACAGCCCAACAGCCAAAAUCCCACUGCAAGCCAACUCCUAGGAAUGUAUCUGACCCACUUGACUCCAGUUCCCCUAUGAGCCACACUGAACCAGUGCCAGCAGACCCCCAGAACAAGGAGGAGAAAAAUCACAAAGAACACAAUCCCAGAAAGAAGCCACAGGCCAAUCUCACCCUGAAGAAAGUGGCUCAGUCCUCAAGUGCACCCCAAAACGGAGAAGUGUCUGAAGGACUAGCUCAAGAAAGUGAAACUGCCCUUGGUAAGGAUCAGCAAACCCGAGAGGGUCUGGCCCCUGCCAAGUCAUCACAUGAGGUUUCUGCUCUGGAGGUGCCUCCUGUGGGAAGGGAACACACCCCAAUACAGGGAAGGUCUCAGAAGAGAGAAGUUGUGGGGAAGCCCACAGAACAGGAGAUUGCGGGCCCCAGCCAGCUGCGGGCCAAAGAGAAACAAGCCCAUAAGGACACCAGGGAGAUCAGACAGGGCUAUGCCCAGAGACACAGCAUACUUGUAUCAAAGCAGCAAUCCAAAGAAAAACGAACUCAAAAAAAUGGGGUUGUGGCACCAGACAGAAGCCCUGCUACUCUCCAGAAUCGGGUGUCGGAGCAGGGUAGCUGGACGGGAAAACUUCAAGCCAGGGGCAGCCAGAGCAUCAAAGUGUAGGCCUUAGCUCCUGAGAAAAUGUGCCCUCCCCCCAAGCUGUGCUGUCAUAGGACACGAAGGUGCAGCCAGUGGCUUCCUACUGCAGACACCAGUCAGCACCUUGCUUUGGGAGCCCAGAAGUCAUUGUAACU